UUUAAUAUUGGUGUGAAGAGAAAUAGUCGUGGAAUUGUGUCCGUUUAUUUUGUGAGUUUGGAAAUGAAAAAAAGGUGUGAGAGAAUGAAUAGUUGAUGGCAUUGGAAGGUUGAUUGAAGAACAGUGAGUGAAUUGGAUCGAAUCGAUGAAGAAGGAAAAGGAGAAGAUUGUGAAUGUAACAAGCCCUGUGAGUGGCGAAGACAGCGAUGAUAAGCAAAGCUCUUCCUUUCCCUCCGUCAGAUUCUCUUCUCGCAACGGUUCCUCCAAAUACGAUUUCGUCAAGGUCAAGGUUUGGUUGGGUGACAAUGCCGACCACUACUACGUUCUCUCCAGAUUCUUGCUCAGCAGAAUGCUCACCGUAACCAAGAUUCCAAACCAUGUAGCUAUCAAAAUUGCUCUUGAACUCAAGAAGCUGCUCAUCGACAACAGCCUUCUCGAUGUCUCUCAAUCUGACUUGGAAGCCAACUUAUUUAAGCUUAUGGAGCGGCGGGGAUAUGGAGAAGAGUACAUAAAUCGUUACAAGAUGAUGACAAGAUUUCACCAUCAGAGAGUUCCGUUAGUAAUCCUUGUCUGUGGAACUGCUUGUGUUGGGAAGUCUACUAUUGCCACCCUGCUUGCACAGAGGCUAAAUUUACCAAAUGUAUUACAGACAGAUAUGGUUUAUGAAUUGUUGCGCACAUCAACAGAUGCACCAUUGGCAUCGACUCCUGUAUGGGCCAGAGACUUUAGUUCGUCAGAGGAGUUAAUAACUGAAUUUUGCAGAGAAUGCAGGGUUGUUCGUAAAGGUUUGGCUGGUGAUCUGAAAAAGGCAAUGAAAGAUGGGAAGCCAAUAAUUAUUGAGGGAAUACAUUUGGAUCCUAGCAUCUAUUUAGUGGACGAUGAGAAUAAAUCACCUUCUGGUGUACAUUCAGAAAAUAAAGUGAUAAAUCCAGCAUCUGUGACAGUAGAUGAUAGUGCUACUAUACAAGAAAAAAAUAUUCAUGAGGGUAGCAGUGAUGAGAAUAAUGGUGGCUCCAAGAUUUUGAGCUCUAAUGAAGGAGUAUCUACUGACCAGGUUGAUUCAGUAUCAAAUUCUAUGGCAUCCAUGGGCCUCAUUGAAAGCAUCUCUGAACAUAAAGGUGCUUCUCUUAGGGAACUGGAGACAGACAAACCUGCUAUUAGUAAGGCGAAGUCGGGUCCCAAACCAAUAAUUGUGCCUAUUGUUUUGAAGAUGGCUGAAUUUGAUCAUAAGGCGUUACUUGAGGAAUGGAUCACCUCUCGCACAUUUAAUGACAAAUGUCCAGACCUGGAUAAUGAGAAGCUUGUAGCCAACUUGAAAACCAUACAGGAUUAUCUGUGCUCAUUCACGUCACAGGGGUUGACUGUUGUCAAUGUAUCGGCAACAACAUUUCCUCAAACAUUGGAUUGGCUGCAUGGUUACCUUCUUCAGUGCAUCGAGCAAGGUAUUAAAGAAAAUGUUACACAAGUAGUUGCAGCAUAGCUCAUGUAAUGAAUGAUUCCAAUUUUGACAGAAAUGGUUUCUAGAUUCAACCUGACGUUGUAAAUGGAUGAUGCUGGAGAAUAAAUUAUCAAAUCAAAAGGGAAGUACGAACAUGUUCAAAACCAUCUACUCAACUGAUCGCCAGCCCAGUCAAGAUCAUGACUUUUGGGAAAAAAGAGAUCAGCAUGCCCGCUCAAACAGAUGUUGUAAUUAUGGCAUUAUCUAAAUUUGCUAAUUGCUACUAAAUUAUUUGUAUGAUUAUGUGUUUGGAUGAAGAAUUUUAUGCUUCUAUUCCAUUGUGUUGUGAGUAGUAUGCUAAUAAAAAUAAUAGCAUAGCUAGUUAAUCUUAAAUUACCCAUCUAGGGGGCUCUGCCUUUUGUGCAGUAUUUGAUUU